AUGGAUGCUCUCGAUGGGAUGGAUCUUGCUGUGAGGCUGAGCAUGGAGGCAAAAGAGUAUUGGGUUCAUUUGGACGCCGACGGUUCGCUUGAGAAGUAUCCAGCGAGACAGCAUGCUCGUCGUGUGCAGGAGAAGUUGGGAAUUGACGAGGGUUUGAUCUAUCUUGCCGGUCAGCCGGCGAGGAACAACGAAGACAGCGAUAUGCCUGCGCCGUUCCGGCAGCGACGAUACUUUUACUAUCUCACCGGAUGCAACGAGCCAUCGUGCCACAUGACCUACGAUAUCCAACAUGACACUCUUUCCCUCUUUAUACCCAAAAUCGAUCCAAAGCGCGUCAUCUGGAAUGGGUGUGGCUCAACUCUUGCUGAAGCUGUUGAAAGGUACGACGUUGAUGAAGUAUAUUAUGUCGAUGAACUUGGUGAUGUCAUCAAGGAUUGGAGCAACUACUAUGGCGGACACGGCAGCGACAUUUACGUGCUGCACCAGGGCCAACUCCCACAGAUACCCGGACUCCAUGCAAUCAUCGAUUCGGAAUCUCUACAGCCCGCAAUGAACGCAGCGCGUAUGAUCAAGGAUGAGCACGAAAUCAGCCUGAUUCGCAAAGCCAACGACAUCAGCUCAGAAGCGCACAAUAAGGUGCUUACAAACAUCUUGAAGUUUAAGAACGAGGCGCAAGUUGAGGGUCUCUUCUUGGAUGUUUGCAUUUCACACCAGGCUAAGCAACAGGCAUACGACCCCAUAGCUGCAUCUGGUCCAAACGCUGGAACUCUGCAUUACGACGCAAACAACGAGGACUUCGAUGAUCGUCAACUCAUGUGUCUUGAUGCCGGCUGCGAAUACGAGUUAUACGCCAGCGACAUCACGCGCACGUUCCCACUUGCCGAGUCAUGGCCGACCAAAGAAGCAGAGAACAUCUACAAGUUGGUCGAACGUAUGCAGGAAAGCUGCAUCGAACGUCUAGCACCUGGCGUGCGAUAUCUUGAUCUUCACAUCUUGGCACACCAGAUCGCAAUUGAUGGACUUCUCAAGCUUGGUAUCUUGCAAAAUGGGACGAGGGAAGAGAUCUACGCUGCAGGCACAAGUCGAGCAUUCUUUCCUCACGGUCUGGGUCAUCACGUUGGAUUGGAGGUGCAUGAUGUCGGGCAGGCUGAGCUUAUGAGCGUCAGGAGCGGCAAAGCUGUGCUCGAACAGGUGCCCUCGCUAUUCCCGCAGAACUUUCACGCGCCAGUCUUUGAUCCGGCUCUCUGCCAUGCGCCUACAGACGCGCAGAGCAGUCAGCUCGAGGAGGGCAUGGUAGUCACCGUGGAGCCAGGGAUAUACUUCUCCAUCUACGCACUCCAGCACUUCUACCUCCCAUCACCGAUUCACUCGCGCUUCAUCAAUCAGAAGGUUCUGCAGCGCUACUUGCCCGUCGGUGGCAUGCGAAUCGAGGACGACAUCCUCAUCACCUCGAAAGGCUACGAAAAUCUGACUACAGCACCAAAGGGUGACGCUAUGUUGGACAUAAUUCGAGGAAAUGGUUCAGUUCCCGAUACCACGAAGCCACCACUGCCGCUUUCUUCUACAGGCGUUAUGGAGCCACAUCUUUACCGCGCACCCGGAUGCCCACUUCAAACCACGCCUUCAAAACUGCAAUCAAUCAAGCGCGUGGCAACCAUGCCAAACCAGGUUACUCAAAAUCAGCGUAGCGAGAUCGACCGCCGCGAUCAUGCACUGAGCUUUAGACGCUCUAUGACGACUAAUGAACGUGUACAGCACUGGCGCCGAUCCUGCCAGCGGUCCAUGCCACAGCAAUCACCACCUGGCCAUGAAAGCCCUACCACGAUGUGUGGAUCUUUUUCCGGCGACGUCAAGCACAUAUACGUUGGCGACGGUCGCAGCCAUUCAUCCGAAGCACAAGAACAACCGAACUGCAUGGACUGCGCUAUACUUGCCCAGACUCUAGGCAGACUUCGACAAAACUUGGCAUUAUCGAAAAGGAACUCUCCAAAGCAGGCACAAGACUCACGAGACAUACUUAUUGGUCCUGUCUGCAACUUUCCACCACCGUGUGCGGUGAAUGCAGCAUCGAGCGCGAGACAUGACGCGCUUGCAGCGGCGAAUGAGACCAAAGGAAUCUGCGUGGAUUCAAUUCGACAAGCAAUCUAUGUUCGCCGGGUCCCAACAGCUUUGGAAUGCCCGAAACCUUUGCAACAAUCAAGUGAUACCCCAUCCGCUUCUCGCGCUUCGUCACUAAAAGAUACACGACCAAUACGAUCUCGCGAGAAGGUGGUCUUCGAAGACGCCAUCACGAUUCCCCAAGAGUUCGCCGACCAUUUGCCCUUACAAGAACCAACGUCUUACUAUCAAGACCCUAGUCAACUUGCACCGGAGCCCACAGGUGUCGAUGCGAUGAGACACCGAAUUUCCUCACAUGCGGCGAAUUUCCAGGCGCCUGCUCGCUCGAAUUAUUGCGCAUUGAGGACACAAGCAUCCAUGCCAAUAAGAACUCACAGGUCGCAGCAGCAAGAACAUCGACGACCAAGCAACCAUACCGAUGAUCGUGACUGGAUGGCAUGA